AUGGACCAGUUAAAUAGAUAUAUUGCACUGAUGAGGAUUGAAGAAGUUGAAAACGAGAACCAUUUCGGAUCCAUAUGCAGGGAUCUCGCCCAUUUUCUUGGAUAUAUCCACUGGACGGUGCCCACUGAACUCACACGCAGGAUUCUUCAGGAUGUUGAGACUGUUUCUCUCACUAUACCCAGGAUGGAGAAAGACAUAUCUUUUCAUGAGGCGUAUACAAUGAGGAUUCAUCUGAAAGAAUGUAUCAAAAGACUCGAUGACAAUAUGCUUGAUAUAGAGAGAUUCCGAAGGCUUCCAUCUCAAAUAACAACAGCAAUCAAGGAAAAAAGGUCCAUUGAUUUAAUGAAUGAAAAAAGGGCAUUUGCUUUAAAGUACAAAAGAAGGCUCGUAACUAGAAAGAAUUGGAAAAUUUAUGGAGGUCUUCCAAUUCCAAUAAAUAAAAGACUGUUUUUGGUAGCUCUACAAAACCAGCAAAGGAAAGGAUUUCACCGGAGGGCGUCGUUAAUUGGAAACGCAGGAAGGCGACAGAUGGUGGUGGUUGUACGAUUCCGACACCACCAACAACGAUUUCAUCCAGGCAGUCGGAGAAGGAUUUCAGUUAAGAGAUCAUCAGUAGAACCAAUAAAAGCUCCAGAUUGGGUUUCUGUCCCAGAUGAUCGGAAUCCGCCUUUGAAGCCUCUAGCACAAUUUGUGAACUGA